UCUCUCUCUGCUUUAUUCGUGAGGAGCGGCCAUAGUGACUUUGCCUCUGAGGAGUGAUUUAUCUUUUUUUUUUUGGUUGUUCUUUAAAAAAAACAUUUUUUAGCUUUUUGUCCUCCUCAUCCCCCUCCUGAGCUGCCGCCGCCCCUCGUGACCGGGAAAAACAAGAGCAAAGCGUUAGCCUCCCUCUCUCUCUCUCUGUCGUUCUUACGUUUUUUCUUUCUGUGGAUGAGAAAUGACGGACGUGCUGGAUCUGAGCCAGAUCGGCUGUACAGUGAGCGGUGUGGAGCAUGACAUUGAGACGCCCCACGGUGUUCUCCAUGUAACUUUGAGGGGAACACCUAAAGGCAACCGGCCCGUCAUCUUAACCUACCAUGACAUCGGACUUAACCAUAAGUCGUGCUUCAACACUCUCUUUAACUUCGAGGACAUGCAGGAGAUCACUCACCAUUUUGCAGUGGCCCAUGUAGAUGCUCCAGGCCAGCAGGAGAAUGCAGCACCUUUCCCUACUGGGUAUCAGUAUCCUACGAUGGAUCAGCUGGCUGAGAUGCUUCCCUCAGUUUUAAUCCACUUAAAGAUCAACAGUGUGAUUGGCAUUGGUGUUGGUGCUGGAGCAUACAUUCUCACCAGAUUGGCACUGAAUCAGCCUACCUUGGUAGAGGGUCUGGUUCUUAUUAAUGUGGACCCCUGUGCAAAAGGAUGGAUGGACUGGGCAGCGUCAAAGUUGUCUGGAUGGACCAGCAACCUGGUGGACAUAGUGAUGGGACAUCAUUUCAGCACAGAUGAGCUGACAGAAAACCAGGAGAUCAUUCAGACAUACCGUCUGCACAUCGCUCAGGACAUGAACCAGGAAAACCUAGCACUGUUCUGCAACUCCUACAACAGUCGCCGCGACCUCGAGAUCGAGAGGCCUGUCAUAGGGCUGAACGAGGAAACUGUCAACACUCUAAAGUGUCCUGCAUUGCUAGUCGUGGGUGAUACAUCUCCAGCUGUGGACGCUGUUGUUGAGUGUAACUCGAGGUUAAACCCAACAAAGACCACCCUUCUGAAGAUGGCAGAUUGUGGUGGGCUGCCCCAAGUUGUACAACCUGGUAAACUUGCUGAGGCUUUCAAGUACUUUGUCCAGGGCAUGGGUUACAUCCCCCAUGUGCUCCUCAGCCAUCUGAACAGCGAAGCAGUGCCCACUGCGGGUAUGACACGCUUGGCGCGUUCCCGCACCCACUCGGCUUCCAGCAUGAACUCCGUGGAAAGCGCGCGGAGCCGCACUCUCAAUAACUCCCAGACGGAGGGCGCCACUGCCAGCCCAGGUCACGAGACCCAGGCCAGACCACAAACCAUGGAGGUGUCUUGCUAAAGCGUGUAAACCUGCCUCUAAAUCUCUCCUUAUGCCACAGAUUUCUUUUCUCUCAUAUCCUUGAAGCCAGGCUUCUGGUGAAAUGAAACAAUGCAAAGUACGACUAUUGAAAUGUGUUCACAGUCUGUACACCCUUUUUUUUAAUGUCUUUGUUUCCUGAUACGUUGGUACGAUGCUGACUGAUGUCUCUUGAGUAGAAGUGUUAAUGUUCUGAAGGCACUUUCAUUACAUCUUCCUGUUGCUGAUCCAUACCAUAGAGAAGACCAAACCACAUCUCACAUCUCCCCUUCCAUCUGGUUAUGAUAUACAGUACAUCAUUGACUUUUUUUUUCCUUCAACCACAGCUUUCUGUUUUCCUGUCGAUAUUUAGUGCUUUGUGAAAAUAUCCGUCUCUCGAUUGCAGAAUAGUUGUUUUCUUGUACAUUCUCACAAAACUAAUGAUAAGCAUGUCGUUUUUAAUGUAACUCAAUAGAUGUGUAUAUUGGGAUUUGUUUUGUUCAGUUGUUUCUACAUAUACUGUAGACUUCACCCACCCAGGGGGUAACUUUGCACUGUAACACAGAUAUACUGAUGUAUUUAGAGAACCAGAACACAGUUUGUUUGUUUGUUUGUUUGUUUUUCCUGGCAGAGCUGCCUUUCAUUAAACUCUUAGGAGUUCUAGCUAAAACACGUUUAGAAAGAAUGAUGUGGACAGAACGACCAACAUAGCGUACGCACUCUCAGUCUAUCUAGCUGAUUGAGGGGGGAAAAGCAGAGACAUGGUCAUUUAUUAGAAUCUCAUAGUAGUUUUAGUGAAUGAAAUCAUUUAAACUGUACACUCCCUGCAAACAUUAAUACUGACAAAGGAGUGUGGUUUUAACUUACUCCGCCCCUCCUGUACAGUGAACAGAUAAUUCCAGUUUACUUGAACUGUACUGAUUACUUCAUCUAUUAAAUUUUAUAGCUAUAUUAUUAUAAAUAUUAGUAUAAAUACUAUUGCUAUAAUGUUUCCUUGGAUGUGUAUUCAUUGUUGCUUUAUGACUGUACUGCCUUGACAUCAGGCUUUCUUCUCCAACCAUACAUGGGGCACUGUACUUCUAGUGAGUGUGUUGAUUUGUACUAAUUAAUAAAGUUAGAGGUUAUACUCAAA